GAAUAUUUGAGGUUGAACUGGAGGAGUUCCUUUUCGUCACCAUAUCGCCACCCACCACCUGUUGGAGUGACGUAUAAAAGACGGCCAGCAGCGCGAAAGUCUUUCACUCACUCGUCAGACACACCGCAAGUCGGAGGUGUUUAGCCACGUAGGACGUCGUAAAAAAAUUUAAUAACUCCAGUGAGAAGUGAAAGAGGAUUUCCUCAGUGAUCUCAGGAGGACUUGUGCGUGAUUUUUUUUUCUGUGAAACUGCACCAGCAUAACGAUGAGACACUCUGUCCAAUCGCUGAUUCUGCUCGGCGUGGUUCUGGUCAGUGCAUCGGCGGCACUGAGUCCGCGGGAGCAGCACAAUCUGCUGACACUCUUCCGCAGACUCGAGCAGCAUCCCGAGUUCUACGACAUGGAUCCUUCCUAUGCCUACGACGAGAACUACAACGAUGUGCGGGAUCUGGAGCCAAACGACAACUUCCUGGGCAACUGGCCGUGGCUCCGGGAACUGCUGCCCAACGCCAAUGACGUGGACUUCGCCCGGGGCGUCGGACCCAGGAAGCACGACAUCACGGCAAAGUCCAUCAUUGGCUCCGCCGAGCUGUCCGAGAGGAAUCCCGCUGACGCCCUUCCCACGCCCCUGCCGUACAUUGGGAGUUACGGCACGCGUGGGAACCUGCAGAAGAAAGACGCCCACUCCAGCAACUAUAUGUCUCUAUGUCACUUCAAGAUUUGCAAUAUGGGCAGAAAGAGAAACACUCGCAACUUCCAUUUGUAAGUCCAUUGAGAGCCUCGGAGACAGGAUGAGACGCUUAAGAAUCAGUGUUGCACAUCCACACAGGAUGAUAUUAACGUUAAUCGCAAUCCUAUAUCUCUUAUCUAUGCUCAAUAUGGAUGUAGCGAUGUGUAAUAAAACAGAGCCGCUGAAAAUAGUAUUGUGUCACAUUGUAAGAAACUCAUGCCAAAAAAAAUAACAGAAUUAUAUCCUGACUAUUCUUCAUAUUGAUGAUAUUACAUGACUGUAUUAUAGCCCGUAGAUUGUUGUGAAUCUUAGCAAAAUGACUCAAUCAACAAUGUUGUUUUAUUAUUGUAAGAGAAUACAAAAAAAUAUAUAUAAAGUACCACGUUUAAUUGAAAUGAGGAGAUACUUUCGUUCGAUCAUCAUUUCGAUUGUCUUCCAACACAGCGAACAGUAGGCGGAGAAACCAU